CUGUUGAUCCAUUUUGGGUUUUUUUAACAACGAAAUUUUCUUGGACAACGCAAAGUCGCUCGGUUGUUCCGCUGGUUAUUUGGUGCCUAGUUUGUCAUGUGUGACAUUAAACGACAAACACAAGAGGGAAUAUAUAUUUACUUGGCCUAAUUGUGUUGUUUUGUGGUGUGAUAACUGAGUUAAGUUUGAAAUCUAGCAGCAGUUUGGGGACGCGCUGAUAAGGACGCGACCAUGGACUGGGGAACAGACCUCUGGGACCAAAAUGACGUCAUCGAUAAACACACACAGUCAGGGCUGGACCUGGUGGAUAAGUACAUCAAGUUCGUAAAGGAGCGCACAGAGAUCGAGCAAAACUACGCCAAGCAGCUCAGGAAUCUAACAAAGAAGUACAGCCCUAAACGAGGCAGCAAGGAGGAGCAGGAAUGCAGGUUUUCAAGCCACCAGUCUUUCCUGGACAUUCUUAACGAGAUGAAUGACUAUGCAGGGCAGAGAGAGCUGAUCGCUGAGAACAUGAUGAUGAACAUCUGCAUCGAGCUCACUAAAUACCUGCAGGAGCUCAAACAGGAGCGCAAGGCGCACUUGUUAGAAGCCAAAAAGGCUCAGCAGACUCUGGAGAACAUCUUCAAGCAGCUCGACUAUAGUAAAAAGCGCUUUGAAAGGGAGUGGAAGGAGGCGGAAAAGGCGGCGCAGUAUGCAGAAAAAACAGAUCAGGACAUCAAUGCUACAAAAGCAGAUGUGGAGAAGGCUAAACAGCAGGCUCAUAUGCGUGCACACAUCGCAGAAGAGUGUAAGAAUGACUAUGCUGCCCAGCUGCAGAAAUACAACAAGGAACAGAAUCAGUUCUACUUCACAGACAUGCCACAGAUAUUUAAUAAGCUGCAGGACAUGGAUGAGAGGCGUGUACGGAAGCUAUCACAAACCUACGUCCUGUUUGCAGACACGGAAAGACAAGUCAUGCCCAUCAUAGGAAAGUGCCUGGAGGGCAUCACCAGAGCUGGCACCAAUGUUAAUGAAAAAAAUGACUCUUUAGUUCUCAUAGAGCAGCACAAAUCAGGUUUCGAGCGUCCUGCCGAUCUGGAGUUUGAGGACUACAGCCAGGGCAUCAACCGGGCCUCAUCUGACAGCAGCCUGGGCACACCCAAAGGCCCCAUGGAAAUGCUGGGCAAAAAAAAGAGCAAACCUUUCGGGCUGUUUAGCAAGAAGAGCAAGCCUUCCUCCUCCCCGCUCACACCCUUCUCCACACCCCCUGCCCCCUCACCCGCUAACGGACCCCCCUCCCCCAAGUUUGCCCGGGAUCCCCUGUCCUACUGUUUGAAGGAGAUCAAUAAAACAGUCAAGCCACGAAUUUCGUCCUUCCGGACCCUGCGCAGAACGCCGGCUGCCACGGAGGAUUUCGGGCAUCUUCCCCCGGAGCAGAGGAGGAAGCGGCUGCAACAGAAGAUCGAUGACAUCAGCAAGGAGCUGCAGAAGGAACUAGACCAAAGCGAGGCUCUGGGGAAGAUGAAAGACGUUUAUGAGAAAAAUCCCCAGAUGGGCGAUCCUGCUAGCCUGGCACCGCAAAUCACCCAGACAACACACAACAUCGAAAAGCUCAGAGGGGAACUUAACAAAUACGAGUCAUGGCUUGCAGGAGCCGGCGGACGGGGAGAUGCCACUCUUCGUUACUCUACUCACUCCCUAAACAACAAUGGUGGCCACAAUGCAUACAGUCCCGAUGGUGCGCAUUCGGAUGGAAGCACUCCUGAUGCCUCUCAGGCCAUCUACGCCGAGUUUGAUGAUGACUUUGAAGAAGAGGAGAUUUCCACUCCUAUCGGGCAGUGCACAGCUCUGUACAAUUUUCCAGGCUCGAGCGAGGGCACUAUUGCCAUGCAGGAGGGCGAGGUGUUGGCAGUGGUGGAGGAGGACAAAGGCGACGGAUGGACACGAGUGCGACGGAACAAUGGAGACGAAGGCUACAUCCCCACCUCCUACGCCAACAUCGCACUCAACAAGUGACCCAGACCAAGCCGUCCCUGACACCAAGAGCAACUCCCUAUCAUCACGGCAUAUCAUUUGGCACAGAACUCUGCAGAAAGACAGAAAGAGAGAGAUAGGAGCAUGCUAUGCUUCUGACAGAUUCCCGACAGGUCAGCCAGAAAGAGCAUGAGAAUGUUUAGUGCUUUUUUAUUUUAUUUCUAUUUUUCCCCCCUUCUCCUUGUUCUCCGCCACCUCCUCCUCCUCGUCUAGACGCCUGAGCUGCAGUGAGCAAGUAUAUGCUUGAAAUGCUUUUUGGCCUGCGAGACAUCAGCUGUCUGCCAUCAUCGAAUGAAGACCAACCACAAGGGAGGACGCUUAAGUGCUAUAGCUGAACAGGACGUACGCGAACAACACAAGUGCCAAGUGUUUCUGUGAAGAAAGUGGAAAGAGAGUGAGAUGUGGUCUUGGUGCUACCAAAAAGGAGGAACAUAAUUAACUAUAACACUUGCUUCUCUCUGCCCUUAUCAGAAACCUGUUGUUCUUUGGCCUUUCUGUUUAAACGUUUCUUUUAAAGGACAGCGCACAGACCAACGAGCACCAAACCUUUGCAAAUGCUUGUUUGUGCGUGCAUUUAUAAUGGAAUGAAUGUGUGUAUGUAUGUUGGACAGAGCAAGGCUGGAUGACCCAGUUAAUAUGGUAAACGUUUGUUUUAGAAAUGCAUAAAAAUAUAUUUUUUUCCCUAAAAACCUAAACGUUACCAACACUAUUGCAAAACAUUUUAAGACAAUCACCGUAGACAGGUAUAGGUAGAAUUUAAUAAGUGCUUUAAAAAAAGAUGGCUGCAUUUGCUUGUGUGGUCAUGUUUGCACAUCACAUCACAUCACAUCACACACACACACACACACACUGCAAAGUCACACAAACACAGUUUCUAUAGCUUAGGUCUAAAUAAAUAAAACAGAAAACAAAAAAAACAAAAAUGUUCCACAUUUGAGACUUCAAUAUUUAUAUAUAAAUAAGAAAUUCUUUAUUUUAGAUAUCACAAGACCGUAUUUGUUUUAACAGGUUUUUAUGCUUAAGGAAUAAAGAUCAUUUAGUCUCAGCUCAUUUCUGUUUGAAGUAUUUCACGAAGCAGGACAAAAGCAUCAGAAUUACUUUAGCUGCACAUUUCAUGCACAUUUUUUUUUUCUUUACAGAGCUAUGUUGUUGAGUCUAUUUGAAUGUACUUUCCCUGUUGGUUGAGGACGGAAAAAGCUUCAUCAGGUAGUUUCCUUUAGGUGUUGUCCGCUGGGGGUCAUGUGACUGGUCACAUGGUAUAUUGUAAUGUGGGAAUGUUUAAUUUGGAAAAGAGGAGUUCAUCAGGACAUGGAUAGCCACGUGUCCUCCAGCGCUUCUUGUCACUUGUGUGUAAAACUUUGCUUUCUUUAGUUCUGUUCAUUGAUGCACUCAGAAUGGCUUAAAGCUUUGGGGUUUUGUCUAGGCUCAGAAUGUUUUAGGAUUUUUAAAAUGAUUUAAAUAUAGAAGCUUGCUUUUUAUUCUUAGAUGAAAGAGGCAAUUCUUUCAUUCCAUGAUAGAGAUCUUAUACCAAAAUAGUAAAAAAAAAAAAGAGUAAGAAACACAUACUUUUACACAAUAGGAUUUUUUCUUCUUCACAUUUUUAAUUAAUACAAUGUACCAAAAUCUCAGACUGUGAUCUCUGUUGGUUUAAUGAGAAAUAAGUCUGGAAUGUCAGAUCAGCUGGUCCUGGCAGCUUUUGCACUCCCUCUGCUGGUGAUAAAGGGAACUGUAGCUUCUCCAGCCUCCUUCAUACAGAAACCAAUGACUCAGUGGAAUUGCUAGAAUUCUUCUCCGUUUCUAAAGAGGCUAAAUCCCUCCAGCAUGACGUCAUGCAACUCAGCCCUGAUUCUGGAGCAUCAUCAUCAUGUAUUAACACUCAACUGUAGGGAUAAAUUGCUCAGCUAAUAAAUCUUGAGAAACUGUGUGGUGGAAGAGGAAACCUCCAAAUAUGUACAGAGUGGUUGUACUCCAGGACAAAACACUAGUGUAACAGAAACAUCCGGGAAGGUUACAGCAAGUGAAACGUCCCACAGGUGGCAGUGUUGCUCCGUGUCACAUUUUAGGCACGACAUGUUAAGAUCUUCCCGAGGAACUCGAUGUACAAUAUGUGCGCAAUGCCAUAAAAUCUGAUGAUUCUAUUCCAAGUAAGCUGACCAGGAUAGACCACCCUGACUGAACACGUUCUACCUGUGAGGUGCACCAAGGAGUGUUUCAGCCCCCAAGAUCUAGCUUCCAAUGCUUCACACAUCUUGUUCAUCUAUUCUUCUUUCAACCUCUCAGAAAAAUUUCAGUAAUCUAUUCCAACUUUACAUUAAGUGUUCCCAGGAUCCAAUGCUGGAUCCGAAUUAAUCCAGUGCAGGAACAAGCCUGUUGUCUAAUAUUUAAACUAGUGAUGACAAAGGUGUCAGGCGUAUUUACAAUGUUAUUUUAUAUAUAUAAUAAUAAUAAACCAAAAUUUUAAAAUUAAGUUAACAGGAGAGAAAAAUGCAAGGAGCGUUCCAGUCAAACUGGGACUUCUGAUUGUGCAUAAUAAUAGAACAGUUAUGAAAUUAAAAACUCCCUUUAUUUCUCUAUAUAAUCCCCUGCUACACUAAUGCACUUUUCCCAGUGUUUCAUUCGUGCUUGGAUACCAUAAAGAUAAAAAGUGUUUCAGUACGCCAGAGCUAUGAUCGACUGUCUGCUUCUUUACGUCUGAAACACUGGCCUACCAGGAACUCCUUUAAUGGCUCAAAUGUGAAAAUUGCUUGGAGCAAGGUCAGGACUUUAUGGGUGAUGUGGCAAUAACUCCCAGCUGAGUUCCUGUACUGUGCAAGUGGUGUUGGUGAAUGAUCGUGUGUACAGUUCUCAUAGACAAAUGUGUCUCUGCCGCAAG